GAUCAUUUCUAAAUCCCUACUUUCAUUACUCUUUCUUAGUAUUUCAUUCUAUAUUUUAAAUUCUACCUUCUUAAACUGCUGGGCAGUCCUUCAUUCUUUUCAACAAGUGUACGAAGUAUUUCAUACCCCUUGCCAUUAAUCAUUUUAGCCCUAUUACAUGUCAACCUGUAAUCAUGUACCCCUCACUUUCAUUGUUACUUUUAGCAACACGGGUUUUUGCUUCCCCCGCCUUUCGAAAAAGAGUGGUCGCUUCUCUUGACCAAACUGCCUUUGAGGAAGCACAACAACGGGACAAUACUGCAGCAAGAGCUUUCACUACUGAUUCAGAUUCAGACUUCAUCAGGGCAGUGUCUCUUCGUGGAUGAACUUUCCGGUGAUUUCAGAGCAAACUUGACACCAAUCCAAAUAGCUGCCUGUGAUGGCAGUACGGGGCAGCUUUGGGAUGUUCUCACAAGUGGAAAGCACAACAAUGUAGCAGAUAGUAUGCUAGUCGUCAAUACUUUGACCCAAGCUUGCUUGAACUUUGAUCCUCGCCGUGCGGCGGGUAAUACCGUCAUUAUGUUUUCUUGCGGUGGUCGAGCUGACGGAGAUGGGCUCGUCACAAAUUCCCAGCUCUUUCCAUUCAAUGGAACUUCCGGUCCACUUACUCUUUCUCCCGAAAAUGCCCCAGGCACCUGUUUAUCUACUACUGCUGCCAACGUUCUUGAUCAGGCUCCCUGUGAUGGGUCUGACUCUAGCCAAACGUUUAAUUUCGGUGCCUCAAGUGCCGCGGCCGAUCCAGCAAUCGCUAGCUUUGUUGCACCAGCGGCCUCGAGCGCGGCAGACGCUUCGUCAUCAACUGUUCUGAUAUCUUCAGUGGCUGUUACCGCAGCCGCCUCCGCUGUACCAACAAGCAAUCCAACAACUCCUCUUCCUGUGUCCCGUGCUGGAGGCGUACUCGAUCCUUCCGCUGCAGCUGAAGCCAAUGAAUUAGAUGAUACUGCCGUAAAGGCCUUUUCGUCCGUCUCUUUGAAAGAUGCAUCUGGUCAAUGUCUAUUCGUCGAUCCAACUGCGGGCGACUUUAGGCAGAAUCUGAUUCCGAUCACUCUACAAGCAUGUGAUGGAAGCCAAAAUCAAGCUUGGGAUAUUGUUACAAGUGGGAAGCAUAAUGACGUGGCCGGCUCGGUGCUUGUAGUUAGCAGCUUGACUCAAGGAUGUCUUAACUUUGACCCGAGAAGAACCGCCGGCGAUACAGUUAUUAUGUUUUCUUGCGGGGGAAGAGCCGAUGGCGAUGGUCUAGUAACAAACUCGCAAUUAUUCCCUUUCACAGAAGGCCCAACAGACAUUUUACUUGCUCCUGAAAAUGGGAAUAAUGCAACCUGUCUUGUGGCAAACGCUGCUGGAAAGUUGGAUUCUACUACUUGUGCUGGUGAUGCUACAAGCCAAUCAUUUACUAUUUUGACAGCUUAGAAACAAUACAUUUUUGGUGUGGUUACAUUGGGGUCGUUUUCCACAUCCGGAGUAUUGCGAGAUAGUUCUCGGGGGAAAGUUUCAGGGGAUUUUAAAAUAUUUAUUUGAUUGGAGGCAGACAUGCAUAUCGUGUAGGCUGAGUGUCAGAUUGUUGAAGAAGUCGGCGGCUAAUCGCGUACUGCUUGCAAAUGUGUGUUUCUUUUCGAUGAUUGGCCGGCCUAUCCAUUACGCGGCUCUGCUAUUCCAUAAGCAACUGCCAAAAAAAAACUUAUAUGAUUGCCAUUCUUCUUGUUCUAUAGCGAUAACUUCAUUAAUUUAAUUAUUUCA